AUGGUGAAUUUAACAAAGGCUCAGGAACAAUACAUCACGAACAAAUGGGACCUUUUGGAUAAGAAGAUGAUAACUGCCCAAGCCUUGGCAAGGGUAUUUGCAGUCUAUCCCUGGACGACCAGACUAUUUAAAAAUUUCAAUGGUCGUUUUGCAGUCGGUGACCCUGGUGUUCAGGCUCAUGCAGACAAAGUGUUAAAGGCUCUGAACACUGCAAUUGAGGACUUGAAGAGUAUCGAAACUAAUUUCUAUGAACUCAGCAGUAAACAUCAAAAAAUCGGAGUGGACACUCAAAACUUUAAGCUUCUCGGCCACGCCUUCAUUGUUGAACUCGCUCUUCAUGAUAAAAAAGCAUUUGGACCAGAGGAACAUGAAGCUGUGUACAAGUUUUUUAAAUUGGUGAUAGAAGCUCUCUCCAGCAACUACCAUUAAAUCUAUAAGCCGCAUCCUCCAUCACCUUCAAAAAUGCGAUGAAAACCUGUAUUAUCAGCAUCUACAAUGUGUUGUUUGCUUAAAGGACUUGUGUAACAUCAGGUUCAAGUCAUGCUAAUGUAAAUUGGCACAAUAUUCCCCUUUGUAUGGUAACUUUCCUCAAUGUUUGGAAAA